CUUCCAGUCAUUACAGCCUGAUCACCGUGGCCAUACCCAGCGUUUCACCGCUUCUUUCCGAUGUCAUCAAUCAGAUACAGCUCACUGAAAUCCAAACGAUCAUUGUUUCCGCAGAAACAUUGCCAAUCAUUUUUUCAGCCUCGCCAAAUUGUGCUAGUUUAAAAUAUGUUGUGCUGGCGGAUGGCAGUGGGACAAUCAUCACGGAUGAACAAAGAGACCGAGCGAAUUCUUUGAAAUUGAAUUUGCGUUCUUUUGAAGAGAUCGAAGAGAUUGGAAGUGAGAAUAGAAUGGAGUACGUUUUAGCCGAACCCGAAGACACCGCAACCAUUGUUUUUUCAAGUGGUACCACAUCUCAUUUGUUGUUUGGACGAGGUUACCGCUCUAAGUGUCAAUCGUUGAAGAAAGGACAAUUGGUUAAGAAUUCAUUGUGGGAUAUGGUUGUGUUCAAUCGUGUGAAAUCCAAGUUUGGCGGAAAAGUGAGGGUGAUUGUUACCGGCGGUGGACCAAUUUCGCAACCGGCGCUCGACUUCCUGCGUAUAACCGUCGGAUGUCAAGUGAUUCAGGUGUAUGGACUGACUCAAUGCGGUGGAGUGGUAACGAUGAACGUUUUCUAUGAUUACCAAUCGGAUGGCGAUGACUCACAGUGCGGAGGGCCGUUGCCGUGUAACGAGAUUAAGUUGGUUGAUUGUUUGGAAAAAGGAUAUUCGGUGGAUGAUGAUCCCAAUCCUAGGGGAGAGAUCUACGUACGUGGGGCGAAUGUAAUGAGGGGCUACUAUAAAAAACCGGAUGAAACGUCUCAAGUCAUCGAUGCCGAUGGUUGGUUCCGAACCGGUGAUAUUGGAAUGGUGUUGCCAAAUGGAACGUUGAGGGUUGUCGAGAGGAAAAGUUGGUAUGAGUCUAUUGAUAAUGAUCUCAUAACGCUCUUUGACUUCAAAGAGUUUGAGAAUAUCCAGGUGAUAGCUCGAGGUGCCUUCGGCGAAGUCUCGAAGGCGUACUGGACUGCUGGUGAGAAAACGGUUGCAUUGAAAACUUUAUAUAACAGUCCCGAAUUGGAAAGUGACAAGUCGUUUAAUGAAUUUGUUAAUGAGUUGAUUCGUUCCGUGGAUUUUCAUGACAACGUCAUUAGAUUCUUUGGGUUAAGUCUAGACGUGGAUAAUCACAGGUAUUUUAUGGUGCUGCAGUACGCCGAUGGUGGAAAUAUGCGAGAUUACCUGCGCAACAAUCACAAGAAACUCACCUGGGAGGAUAGAAUUAAGAUGGGAAUAAACAUAGCGAACGUGCGCGAGCCGCUCGUUCAAUUGAAAAUUGCGUUAACCUCGACACCCUCAAAACACGAUUUUCUAGCAUUCAAAAAACAUACUGGUUCACGAAGGGAGAAUGAUGAUAACCGAUUUCGGUUUGUCGAAAUCAGGCCAAGCGAAUUCAAAUUCCGCGGUGAGGUGGAAAAGGGUGUGAGGGAGAAACCGGUUGACGGCACCCCGCUGGACUAUUGUGCUAUCUAUGUAAGUGCCUGGAGUCAGGAACCAUCACAAAGGCCAGAUAUCGAGCGCAUACGUGAGGAUUUGGGAAAAAUACGACUGUCACCGGUGUGGGAUAAUAAUCGCCCGGACUGUGUCCCACAAAAUCUAGAUAAACUAGAUAAUCAAGCGUACACUGUUCAGGGGUAUGCCCCGCCUCCACCUCACCAAGCCAAACCGCCGAUUCCGAGUGUCUCGUCAUUUCCGAGUGCUCGAUCAGGUAAAGGCGGUCAAGUGAUGCCUCCUACGCAAAGAGCUGCAUCCAUCCCUACUAAUUACCAUAAAAAUAGAGAUAGAGAUAACGCCUACCCCUCGAUGAUCCAUAAUAGUCCUUCCGCUUUGAUGUUACCGCAAUCUCGACCCCAGCAGCCAAAUUAUGUCACCCCGCAAGCCCAAAAUGAUGCGUACAAUCAAAAUUGGUAUCCUCAGGCGCACAACUAUCAGCAGCAAACUGGUUACCUUAACGGAAUGCAACUACCGAUGAACACCCCCUAUCAUAAUAAUAAUCCGCAGCCGCUGUCACAAUCCCAGCCGCACCAUUACAUCCCAAAUCACAAUCCAUCAACAAUAACUACUCAACAGCAACAAAAUUACCCCAAUGCACCUUUUUUGCCUAAUAGUUCAUACACUAACGAUCCACAAGGUGGAUAUUAUCCUAUGAAUUCCCAGGAAACUUACGUAUACUCCCAACAACCACCACCCCCAUCAUCACACCAGAAUUAUCUAUCUCAAAGUCGACCUCCUCCUCACAGCAAUGUCACACCUCUUCUCCCAGGCAAUCCCGCUUAUCAACCAACUUACUCGAUCUCAUCGGCUCAUCCUCUAUCCAACCAAUCGGAUCGCCGUGAUCACGCCUCUCGCAUAGCAGUCGAUGAAACCAAAUAUCCCGGAAGGAAACCUUGUUCUACCAUCCUUGAUAAAUACAUUGAUAAUAAUCAAAGUCUGAAAGAUUUUGUUGAGCCCAAGAGAUGCAAUGCGGCAAUUCACCUGGGAGACGGUGAUGUGGAGGGACUAUGGUUUCAUCUCGAUUCUGGGGAUGGUGUAAAUUGCAGCUAUGAUUAUAGUGGCUUUCAAGAACCUCUUGUACACAUAGCGGCGGCUCAUCUCAAGGGAGAAAAGUUGAUCAAUAUGUUAAAAUCACUGAAAGAAUACAAUGCCGACUUCAAGGUCAAGGGUAAAUAUAACAGGACCGCUCUUCAUCGACUAUAUGAGAAUACAAGAUUUAGGUUAGGGUUAAAGGACGAGAAGAAGGUUGAUGUUUACGUGCGACAUAUGGUAGAGGCGAUAAAUACUCUGUGCGAGUGCGGUUGCCUGAUAAAUGCACGCGACAAGAAUGGCCGGACGGUGUUGUCAUACUUUUUGGCCGAGAAGCACGAUAAACCUGAGAAUCGAAAACCCAUAAUCCAAGCUCUUCUAGAUUCGGGUGCCAAUCCCAAUUUACCGUGCACCGUGCCACGGGAACCUCCAUUCCAGGCGCCCACGGCGCUAUUCUUGGCCAUAGAAUAUAAUUGGCCAACCGAUAUUGUUGAGUUGUUGAUGAAGAAAGGAGCGGACGCUCGAAUAGUGGAUAGUGAUAAUAUGAAUAUAUUGUGCCUGGCGGUUCAGAAAAAGAAUUCGGACUUGGCCAAAUGGCUGUUGAAGCACAUCUAUAGUUUGUCGGAACCUGAGAGCCUCAAGGCGGCGACCAAGAUUAAUAAGUCAGGUUGGAAGCGGUCGAUGUUUAUAAAAUGGCGUGGAUCGAAGCGAAAAUUAGCAAAGGACAACAAUAUAGAAAAUUACCCGCCGAAAAUUGACGAGAACGAGAAAUCCGAUGCGAACUUUGAGACGGAUAAUGCCAGUUCCGAACAACCGUGGUUUAUAGAAGAUGUUAAGAAGAAAUAUGAGGAGCGCGCACAACGCAAAGAUAAUGAUCGCAGGAAAAGUGAAGAUAAGAAAAAAUGA